GGUUUAGACGAAUAAGUAUGAUUGUGAGUCAGGCUGACCAAUCCCUUCUGGUUUAUAAAUAUGACUUAACCGUUCCUUUUUUCAAUAUUGUAAUCCAGAGUUUACAAACAUAAUUCCUCGGGUACUAGCUUCUUGAUGAAAAUAGUUUUUGAUCGGAGCAACAUAACCUAGGUAAUACACAGCGGUAAUGGGGGACUGGUCAUAUCUUUCAAAGUUAUUGGACAAAGUGCAGUCCCACUCAACGACCAUCGGGAAGAUAUGGAUGAGUGUCCUGUUCAUCUUCAGGAUCCUGGUUCUCGGGGCAGCCGCAGAGAACGUGUGGGGCGACGAAAUGUCUGAUUUCUCCUGCAACUCCAAUGAACCUGGGUGUAACAACGUGUGCUAUGACUGGGCCUUCCCCAUCUCACACAUCCGCUUCUGGGUCAUGCAGAUUAUCUUUGUCUCCACACCAACUCUUCUAUACCUGGCGCAUGCCAUGCAUGUCAUACACCGGGAGGGCAAGAUGAGAGAGGCACUGCAGAGUCAGGUUGACAAUGGCUGGUUAAAGAGGCCCAAAUACACAGAUGACCGAGGAAAAAUCAAAAUCAAGGGAAUUCUGCUGCGUAGCUACAUGACCCAGUUGCUCUUUAAGAUUGUGUUAGAGCUUGCUUUUAUUGUGGGACAGUACUACUUAUAUGGAUUUGUCAUGAAACUGUCGUUCCACUGUAAACAAAAGAUCUGCUCCAGAAUUGGUGCUGAAUGCUUCAUGUCCCGUCCCACAGAGAAGACUAUCUUCAUCAUUUUCAUGCUAGUGGUAGCCUGUGUGUCUCUGCUUUUAAACGUUGUUGAAAUUAUUUAUUUGCUUUGCGCCAGAGUAAAAUGCAGAACAAAGAAACAAAACCAACUCAUUAUCUACUCAGCUGAGAACCCAGGCCCACUCUUCAGUUCACCAUCACCAAGACAAACUAAUCCAAGCAGUCAUGAUUCCAUACUCAUCCAGAGACCCCAGAGGGGAGUUGAACCAAUGAACGAAAAGGAGUAUACUUCUUAGGCUUCAAAUAGAUUUCACUUAAUUAUAUUCUAAUGCUUGAAUUUACAUAAAUAAGUUCUAUUACUUCACUACAACUCCAGUAAGUUCAAUGGUGUAGAAACAUUUGCAGUUGACUAACGAUAAUCUUGACAUUUUGUUAUCUGACUAUGAUCAAAUGCAGCAGGUUUAAAACAAAUGUCAUGCAAUACUAAUAGUUUAACAAUGUGACAGAGAUAUGUGUCUGAUAAGUCAUGUUUUACAAUUCUGCACAUUCUGUUAUCAUACUGUAUUUUAAUGUUUUAAAAAGUAUCAAAUAAAAUGUUUAAAAGGAGGUUGGUGGCCCCGGAGCAGGAGCGUGCCAUAAAGGUGAGGAGAUUACCUACAAACGUCAGUGUAGUUGUUCAACUACAACAUAGUCUACUUCUAAAUUGUGUAAUUUGAAAGAAUACACAGUAGCAGUCAUGCUUAUGAGACUAAUCUACACCUCCGAAAAAAAUUAAGAGACUACUACACCUUUUAUUUCCCUUCCUAAAAAGUCAAAAAGUAAGGUUUUGGGUGUGGAACAGAAGGGUUAAAAUUAA